UGACAACCACAAACGACAUCAUGUCGUGGACAACUCACUUGUGUGCUUUUUUGCUUUUUGCAAGCGGUUCCUUCGCUACGAUUCAUAAUAAGUCAUGGUGGAAUAAUACCGUCUUCUAUCAGGUUUAUCCGAGAAGUUUGUUUGAUACGAAUGCUGAUGGCAUUGGCGACUUGAGGGGGAUAACUUCAAAGUUGGACUAUAUCGCGAGCACUGGCAUUAAUGCGAUCUGGUUGUCACCCAUAUACUCAAGUCCCAUGAUUGAUUUUGGAUAUGACAUAUCCGAUUUCAAAGCCAUUGAUCCGACUUUUGGUACAUUAGAAGACUUCAAAGCUCUUGUAGCGGUCGCUAAGUCACUCGGUUUAAAAGUGGUUCUCGAUCUCGUGCCUAAUCAUACAUCUGACAAGCAUAUAUGGUUCCAAAAGGCUCUUGAAGGUCACCCGAUAUAUAAGAACUUUUAUGUGUGGGCAUACGGCAAAAAUAGAGACGGCAUAACGCCGCCCAACAAUUGGAUCAGCGUAUUUAGCGAUUCCGCGUGGACUUAUGUCGAAUCACAAAAACAAUGGUACCUUCAUCAAUUCGAGUAUAGACAACCUGACUUAAAUUACCGUAACCCGUUAGUGAAAAUAGAGAUGAUAAAAGUCUUGAAAUUUUGGCUGGACUUGGGUAUAGACGGAUACCGUGUUGAUUCCGCCCCAUUUAUGUAUGAAGACUUAUUAUUGAGGGAUGAACCUAGAACUUACGUGAAUGGUACUACGCCGCGAGAUUAUACGUAUUUGAAUCAUAUUUAUACUACGGAUUUAAUCGAGACUUAUCAGCUGUUUGGAGGGUGGCGAAAAUUCUUGGAUUUUUAUGCUUUUAUACAUAAUCAAGAUCAGAAGUUGUUAGUGAUGGAAGCAUACACCAAUUUUGAGCAUACUAUGCAAUAUUACGAUUACAACGUGUUGCCUUUUAAUUUCAUGUUUAUUACAAAUUUGAACUCAAAAUCAUCCGCGCAAGAUUUUAAACGAGAAAUAGAUUCUUGGAUGAAUUCAAUGCCAAGUGGUAAGAUCGCUAAUUGGGUGUUAGGCAAUCAUGAUAAUCCGCGUGUUGCCUCUCGUUAUCCUGACAAAUCGGACCAAAUGACCAUGUUGUCUAUGAUCUUGCCGGGUUUGGCGGUAACGUAUAACGGCGAUGAAAUCGGCAUGGUGGACAAAAGAGAUAUAUCCUGGGAAGACACGAAAGAUCCUCAGGCGUGCAAUGCGGGUCAAGCGCAAUACAAUAGUGUGUCCCGCGAUCCUGAACGCACGCCAUUCCAAUGGGACGCAACGAAGAAUGCAGGUUUUAGCACGGCAAAUUCGACGUGGCUUCCGGUAAAUCAGAAUUACAAGCAGUUGAAUCUGGCGAAGCAGAUGAAAGCUAAGGAAUCACAUUAUAAGAUUUAUAAGACCUUAGCCUUCUUGCACCGUACGGAGCCGGCUCUUACCGAAGGAAGUUAUAAAUCGAUCACGACAAACAAUGACACUGUUCUGGUUGUAAUUCGAAACAAUGGUUGCCGCGUCGUGGUGCUUCUGAUUAACUUCUGCGGCGAUAAAUCUCAAUUUGUCGAUCUGUCACAAGAAGGUCUUCCUUCGAAACUGUUGGUCAAAGUCGCCAAUUUGGGUUCUAAAGUGAAAGCUGGGAAACUGGUUGAUGUAAACAAGCUACCUUUACCUGCGAAAGCUGCUAUAGUGUACACGAGCGUAUAAAUAUAUUAUUUCCGAAAUAUAUCUAUCUUUUUUACAAAAGUUUCCAGUUGCACUUGAAAAUUGUAAUCUUUCUUGUAAUAAGAAAAAAUAAAUAAAAUAA